AUGUCGGGGGGGAGGGGGGAGGGCGCCAGCGCCCCGGCGAACGGCAAAAAGGGCGCCGCUCCCGGUCGGGGGGCCGCUGGAGUGCCCAGCGGGGUGCGUGAAGCGGAGAGGGGACCCCUGCGGGAGGUAGAAGGUCGGGCCGGGGUGCGCCUCCGGGCCGGUGCUGCCCGCGCCUCUGCCGCCGCCGCCGCCACCGGCGCUGGCUGGGCUCCGGGAAGCUAUUGCACGCUGUACUCGCGGCGGCCCGGCCCUCGCCCGGGAGUGCGUGUGUGCGCGCGUGUGUGCGCGAGUGAGUGUGUGCGCGGGGUGCGCGCGCGGGCGGGAGUGGGCGCGCGCGGGGAAAGGCCCGAAAACACCUUAGUUUGCACCGAGAGACCAUUUGCAGCGGAUAGACUUGGAGCAAACUUUUCCCCUUCCUUCUCCGCGGGUGUGUGCCCCCUCGGUGCCCUUGAGCUGCCCCGCGGGCCCCAGCAGACUGUGGCGCCUGGCCCUGGGCCCCGCACUGGGGAACUUCCCCGCUGCCACGCGCGCGUUACCCCGAGAGUCAGCGGCGAGGAAGCUCUCCCGCCACCCCCUCGGAGCCCGGAAAAUUCAAACACGCACCUGCGCACCCCCAGCCAGACACGCACCCCUACGCGCGCCUUGGCCUCCGCUUUCCCGAGACGAGUCCGCAACAGCCGUGGCCAGAUCCACGGGUGGGUGCGGGAGCCGGAUGCGCUGCGAGGAGUCGCCGCGCCCGGAUCUCUCUCCCUCCAUCACACACAUUUUCUGAUUUUACCCCCCUCUGAAGCUUGGGGAACGGGGAGAUUUCCCAAGCUCCGAUUUGUCCUGCGUCGCGCGCGUGUCGCCUCGUCCCUCCGGCCCUGUCCUGGCGGCCGAUGGCUCUCCGUCCCUUGCUUGCGCGCAGCCUUCCUCCCGAGCUCCCUGCGCUCUAUUCCUGUCCCGCCGAGACGACUCCCUGGAGCCAGCGAGCCGAGGCGGCGUGCGCUUCGAGCGGGGACCACGGCGGUGGCGGCGGCGCCGGGAGCCGAGGAGUUUGCCAGUUGCCGCGGGGUCGCGGUCAUUUGCUGCCUCCGCCUCCCCUCGCCCCCGCCUCCCGCCUCCCUCCUUUUCAGACAACGUCGCGCUCGGAAACUUAGAUUCCUUCUCCUUUUUGGCCCUCGACGAGCCCCCCUCCCCACCUGUUGUGAGCUCCGCCUUGGUCCCGGGAGACUGGCAGUGACACACACGGGCUCUGGGGAGCUCCGCGCCCGGAAACAAAGUCGCAUGCCCCCCUCCCAUGUGUUUGCUUCGAAAUCGCUGCCUGCAGCCCCCCCAUUCCCGCGCAGCUCCCGCCCCCUAACCCGAAAGUUUGCAAGAGGAAGAGAGCGCGCGGCGAACGAGCGAGCGGGCCGGGGGCAGCGGCGCCGGGGACCAUGGUGCUGCCGGCGCCUCCUCCGCGGGCGUGAAGGCGGCGCUCCUACUCCCUCCCCGGACUCCGCGGGAAUGCCGGAGGAGCAUUCUGGAUUCCCUUUGAAAGGCGUCUGUACAUUCAAACCGUCUACACUUCAUCAUUGGUUGUACGUAGACUUAAGGGUUUAGGGCUUGGACAAUAGCUGAGUUGAGAAGACCUCAAGGAUAUUUAAAGGAAUUUUUCUGCUACUGAAAAUAUAUUGAAGAAUCGCUGCAAAAUUUUUCCAUUCCAUCCCCUUUCCCCCACCCCCGUUUUCCACAGCAAGAAUCAAUUUGGAGGGAGAUGUGUAAACUAGAAUUUUAAAAGAAAUAGUAAGACUUCAGGUGUUUUCUACCGAGGGAUAGCCUACAUAAUUGAGAAAGAGGAGUUCCUGCUAUUUUUCUGUUCCAGAGAGAAAUGUAUCAAAUCUUUUUUAGAAUUCCACUGGAGUUUUGAUUCUCAAAGUGGAAAUACCCAUUCCUUUGGGUCCAGGAAAAGAAAACUCGGCUCACAGUUUCAGAAAUUUGGACUGUUUUUUUUUCCCCCUUUCUGUCUUUCUAUUUGAAACGUCUCACAAUUAAAGAGCAAGAAAAAUAUAAAAAAGGAAGUCAACUAGUUACCAUUCAAAAGGUGUCAGCUAAAAUCUCACUGCAAAGGGAAAAAAAAGGUUUAACAUCUUGCCACUGGCUGCAUCCCCCACCCCCCUUAGACUUUGGAUUAGUCAUUGUAUGAGAGAGAGGGAGAAAAAAAAAAAUCACUUUUUUUUUUUUUUUUU